AUGCAGAUUAAGAUCUCUCAAGUCUUGACCCUGGCAUCGUUGGUGUUGUCGUCUGUGCCACUGGGAUCUGCGACGGCUCUUGCGAAUGUACCUGGCACUCUAGACAAAAAGAUUCCCGACAAUCUUCACUUCAUCAUGAACGUCACCUCGCAUGAGACAACUGAUGAGCAUGGCCUCGUCAAAAGGGCCUGUAGCAGAAGUUGUGAACAAUGGGAGGACGCUCGUCGCGUCGGUGCCUCCUGCUAUGACGCAGGUCACGGCAACGUGGACAGAGGUGCCAACCUGUUUGAAAGUGAUAAUUUUAUAGCCGCUAAUCAAGGCGUCGACCGACAAAUCCACAGUAACCCAAAUGGAGCUCCAAUAAACGUCUACUUCAGGAAAAACAGAGUGAUCGUCAAGGAGAAAUUGAUCUUCGUGCUUGACAACCGGAAUAGCAACGCCGCGAGUGGAUGCUCUAUCUUCUCGGUGCUCGAGAACAACCGAUUCGAGGCGAACAACACCAAAUUCGGCAGCCACGGCCGAGGCAAGGCUCGACUUCCCAGUGCCGGGCGGGCCCUUCCUGAGAGAUGUCUCGUUUUGCUGGAGGAUAUAGAUGCCGUAAGAACAGAUCGGUCGCAUGACACUGGGGUUCCUGAGAAAAACAAGAAGUCGCUUUCUUUAUCGGGUCUCUUGAACACCCUUGAUGGUGUGGCAUCGCAGGAGGGCCGUUUCCUCAUAAUGACCACAAAUCACAUUGAGAAGCCGGACAAAACACUUAUCCGGCCCGGCCGUAUUUACAAGAAGAUUGAGAUAACUUUGGCUGACUCUAGUGUGAUAGCCCAGUUAUUUUGUUUUAUAUUUGGCCCUAACACGGAGGAUAGUGCAUCAACAAAGGAGGAAGUUUUGGCAACAAAUCAGCUGACUGACUGGACAAAAGGACCUUACUUUGUCGGUAUGGAAGCCUUCGGAUUCCCAGACGAUCACGAGAUAUCAGUACAAGAUGUCGCCCUGGCGCGUAGAAUAUGGUAUCAGCAGGUGUGUACUAGCUGA